GCAGCCGAGACUUCCGCCGCCGGCAGCAGCCGGCCGCCUCGAAGCGGCGCAGCGACGCCGAGUGUGAGGUCUACAAGGCGAUCCAGAACGGCCCCACCAACCACAUCCUGGGCGGCCACGAUGCCCGGGACGAAGAUUUUCCGCACAUGGCUGCCCUCGGCUACCAGGUGCCGGGCAAGAAGGAGCUGAGCUGGCUGUGUGCCGGCUCCCUAAUCAGCGACCAGUACGUGCUGACGGCGGCGCACUGCUGCAACAACAGGGACAGACCGGCGCCAGUCAGGGUGCAGCUGGGCACGGCCAACCUGAGCUCCUCCAGGGCCGGCAGCUCGCGCUACGGCAUCAGCGACAUCGUCAUCCACGCGGACUACAGCAGGUCCUCCUACAGGGCCGACAUCGCGCUGCUCAGGCUGGACAGGAGGGUCUCGUUCAGCAGGACCGUCUCGCCGGCCUGCCUCUACACCAGGGGCGGCGACCCGCCGGCCGCUCUGAUCGUCACCGGCUGGGGGGCCACCAACCCCCUGGGUACAAAGCAGAGUCGAGUUCUGCAAGAGGGCACCGUCCGGUCGCUUCCCUUCUCACGCUGCCAGCAGUACAGGCAGAGGUUCCCAGAAGGCCUCGAUUCGUCUGUUAUCUGCGCUGGUGAUCCACAAGGAGUGGUUGCCAUCUGUGACGGUGAUUCUGGGGGUCCCCUCCUUGCAAAAGAAGACACCUUCACCUACUCGAUCGUCGGAAUAACUAGCAUAGGACCCAGUCCAUGCGGAGGAAACAUCCCAAGCCUAUACACCCGUGUUUCCAGCUACAUUGACUGGAUAGAAAAAUACGUCUGGCCAUAGAAUCAUUGGUUCUUCUAUAUGGUUCUUUCUUGCAACUCAGGACAAAUCUUUGGACUUCUUCAGUGAUACACCGUUUGGGAAAACAAUCGGAAGUGUGAAUAGCAGUCCUCUAUUGUGAACUGUAACAAUAAGAAGCCUGUUUACUUGUGGCUGUAAUAAUGUGCUUGUUAGAGCGAGAUCAGUCAGUUAGUCACAUAGUUGUAGUAUGUGACGCCUGUGUGUCAAUGAGUUGUUCAAUGUGACAUAAGUUUUUCGUAACAAGUAGUUUAUUUUUAUUUAUUUUUUGAAAGUGGAUGUAUGUGAAUAUGAAUACCGAAACAGUAUUGUGAAAAUUUUCAACUCGCAUAUAGUUAGUUCCAUUGGCCGAUAAAUAAAAAUGGAUGUACGUAAUUUGAGUGAAGCAGAUGAAACUUACUGAAGAUGUGUGUUGCAGAAAUCUUUCGAAUUAAGAGACAAUGAAUAUCAGAUUCUGUUUUCGUUCUUAUUUCACGUACUGUUAAUAAAAGAUCGGCUAAAUAGAGAAGUUUGAGUAAUUGUGACAAAAGUUCUUAAUUCAGUAGUAGCCCGCUUUACUAGUGUGAAUGAAUGGCAUGAAUCUGUGACUAGUUGUCUUCGUAAUUAUAUAGAUAAUUUCUUGGUUUGAGGGAAUACUCUGACCAGCUCAGUUUUCGUUGUCUUUAAACUCAUUUCUGACAAUUUGCAAGAAAUUUAUCUGAAUUUCAUCCAUAGUGGAUGCUGUUGAACUCCGUGACUGUUCCUUUAUAGGGUAUAGAAAAAUUUAUCGUCCUUUUAUUAUAAUACUCAUAAAUUAAUGAUUAUGUCAGAAAGAGAUAAACAAAACUCUCACUGUGUUUUUAUAUAGACUGCAACGACACCAAAGGAACUGAAUUUUUAUCCUAUAAUUAUGUACGUA